AUGAGCACAGGGAAGAGCGACAUCUACGGAAUGUCCAAAGCAAUGGACGAGGGACUUUGGCUAGACGACAUUAUGGAUCCCGAAACUUGUCGAACGUCCAGUUUAUACCUACCAAUUGGUCCAUGGGUGCAAGGAAACUCGGAGGUGCAGACGCAGCAACUUGGCUACAUAGGAGCAUUGAUGCGCCAAGACCUCAUGAGUGCACACCGUGCAGGUCAUGCGGUGAUGAAACGUUUGGGAUGGGAUCCUGCAAAGCUGAAUAAGUGGUCCGAGCUGGCCGACAAACAGAUGAUGAGCAUGAAGCCAAAGACGUGGAUUAGAAUGAGAUAUGCUUGGGGUCGCCGUCGUGCAGCGGAAAACGAGCCAGCGCCACCACUUCCAUCCGUACCGAAACCUACACCGGCAGAGGCAGAAGCAGAGUCGACACUUCAAUACCCUCACCACUACGUUUACAAAACGCGAGAGGAAUCGUUGGCUGAAGCUGCACUGCGAAAUCGCGGUAAGGAUUGCACCCCACCUCCGUUGCCAAAGGGGCCCUCGUUCGACAGAUGUCAAGCAAGGAGAAGCGUCAAAGUCUACAUCGACCUAGGCUAG